AUGGUGUGGCUGCAUGGGCUGGGGGACAGCGGCAAUGGCAUCUCCAAUUGGCUGAAUAUGGUGUGGAUUUCUGUGGCUGAAAAGGAGGGCGGCCUUUUACUCGACCUCCCACACGUCAAGUGGAUAUUCCCCACCGCCCCUAGAGCUCCCGUCUCUGUCAACCGCGGCCAUCGCGCCCCUUCCUGGUACGACAUCCAUGGUUUCAACGCCGAUGCUCCCGUGGAUGCCACGGGCCUCGACGAGGCUGCCAGAUACAUUGCUGGGAUUCUGGAGGAGGAGAGAAGGGCGCAUCCUGACGUCACGUACAUAGUGGGAGGGAUCAGCCAAGGGGGCUCUCUCUCCCUCUACCUCAUGUGCCGGAAGGCGCUGGGAAGCUUCGCGGAUGGUUCCGACGCCUCCGCUCUGCCUUUCAUUGCCUCCAUUGGCCUCAGCACGUGGCUGCCCAAGUGCAGUUUGAUUUCGGCACCUGGAGAAACGGAUGCAGCUGUUGCAGAGAGAGCUGCGAGGCAUCCUGUAUUCAUUGCACAUGGGGAAGUUGACAUCCGGGUGGACUACGCCUGGGGCAGGGAAUGCUCUCAAGUGCUGCGCAAUGCUGGCUUCUCCAACGUCACCUUCAACUCGUAUCCCAACCUGGGACACGGAAUGUGCGGUGAGGAGCUGACGGAUAUGAGAGCGUGGCUGCUGCAGCACGCGCCUCUUCCCGCUUGA